GCAUCCGGGAGCUCCCCGCGGUCACCUCGGCCCGCGUCCGGGAACAAGAGCAACCUCGAAGACGGACGCUGCGGACGCCACACAAAGGCCGUCCCCCACGCCCCAGCCGGGACCCGCGCGACACCCGCGAGGGGAAGGAAGGAAGGCAGGCAGCCGGCGCGCACCCUACUUCCGGCUCCGCCACUGCGGCUGCGCGCGGCGCGCCCCGGCCCGGAAGCGGAAGUGCAAGGGAGGUCAGGCUUGUUUCCAACAUGGCGGCCCUCAGAGCGCUGGUGUCUGGCUGCGGACGGCUGCUCCAAGGGCUUCUGGCAGGCCCGGCGGCGACCGGCCGGGCUCGGCUUCCAGCUCGCGGGUUCAGGGAAGUGGUGGAGAUCCAAGAAGGAAAGACAACUAUAGUUGAAGGCCGUCUCACAGACACUCCCAAGGAGAGUCCAAAUCCCCCUAACCCCUCGGGCCAGUGCCCCAUCUGCCGUUGGAACCUGAAGCACAAAUACAACUAUGAGGACGUGCUGCUGCUCAGCCAGUUCAUCCGGCCUCACGGAGGCAUGCUGCCCCAAAGGAUCACGGGUCUGUGCCUGGAAGAGCACCGCAAGAUUGAGGAGUGCGUCAAGAUGGCCCACAGGGCAGGUCUGCUACCAAAUCACAGGCCUCGGCUUCCUGAAGGGUGUGUACCGAAGAACAAGCCCACACUCAACCGCUACCUGACCCGCUGGUCCGUCCGCUCCGUCAAGCCCAUCUACAAAAAAGGCCACCGGUGGAACAAGGUGCGCAUGCCUGUUGGCUCCCCACUCCUGAGGGACAACGUCCGCUACUCGCCCAAGGCGCUGCGCCUGUACCACUAGAGCAAGGCCUCCGCGACGCAGCAGCUCCUGCGGUCUCCACCACUUGUUUCCUCCCUACCGCGGUGGAGGUGGGGAUUUCACUGACGGAACCAUAAAGCAGGCUGGA